AUGGGAGACUCGCGUAAAGAGAGGACCCAAUCUAUUGUCAAAAGAAAGCGGCCGAAUGGAACAAUCACGAGCAAGACACAAAUUCAAGCAUCGGUCUUGAUGGAGCCACAUGUGCAAGAGGAACAAUUACAUUCUUUUUCAGCUUCAGUAAACACUCCAAGCGAAUCCUCCUGUCCCAUUUGCUCGAGCAAUAAUAGUUGCCAAACAGUUCGCUCGAGAACAAAGUUGAUGAAUACUUUGAUAGAGACAGGGAAGCCUCGCGAAGUCCACUCUGUUUUCAAAGGUUUAAUGGAAGAAGGACACAGGCCGACCCUCGUAACAUAUACAACUGUUUUAACCGCACUUACUCUGGAGAAGCGUUUCAAGUCAAUUCCGUCACUCCUUAAUAAGGAAACAUUAAGGAAGCAAUGA